AUGCCUUCCCCCGUGGUCGAUGCAACGCUGCAGGCGGCAGGGCUGUCCUUGAUCUCCAACCUCUGCGCCCAGUUCAUCCAGGCGCACCAGACACAGCGACUAUCUUGUCGUGCCGCUGUACAGCAAGCGCCGAAUCUCGAGCUUCGUCAGCUCGUUCGCUUCCUCGCCCUUCAGCUUAUCACGACGCCGCCAAACUUCCAGUGGCAGAUUUACCUCGAGAAACGAUUCCCAGCCUACCUCCCAAGCACGCGGGGUCCCCGCAACAAGAAGGACAAGGAUGAACUCGAGCUACGGUCCCUGGAGGAGGCCGCUCGAGUGGGGUACGGCUCGGAACCGUUGGGCCCCGUCGCCGUCGCUCCAUACAAGUUCAGCAUGCGUAAUACCAUGAUGAAAUGGUUCGUCGACUGCUUCACUGCCGGCGCAAUCGUCAACACCGUCGCCUUUCUCGUCAUCAUGGGAAUGAUGAAGGGCCAGCGGGUUUCUCAGAUUUGCGACAAUGUUCGAACGGUACUGCUGGCUCCCUUUCCUCCUCCGAACAUCGGCCUGUUCCCAUGUAGGACCCGAGGCCGGGUUGGAGUCAGCUAG